CACCCAUUGACAGUAAUAAAAAGUCUCUCCAACGAUGGAGGUCACUUUAAUCGAGUGGAUAAUAACACUAUCCGUCUUAUCGUGCGGUGUUUACUACUAUUUUGUGAAGAAUUUUAAUUUCUGGAAGUCGAGAGGAGUUGCAGGACCGGAGCCCGGUUUCUUUUUCGGAAAUAUGAAAUUCUUGAUAACCGGAAAGGAAAGUUGGACCGCAUUUCUACGGCGAAUUUAUCAAAAAUACAGCGACGAACCACUGGUUGGAAUCUACGCACACAGGGAGCCAGUUCUCAUUAUGAAGGACCUUGACCUUAUUCAGGCAGUUCUCAUCAAAGAUUUCGGCAAUUUCAUCGAUCGAGGGAUGAAGGUAGAUGUGCACGACGUCCUCUCGAAUAACUUAUUCAUGCUCGAUCCCAAAAAAUGGCGCCCACUGAGGAUGAAGUUGUCACCGGUCUUCACAUCCGGCAAACUCCGUGACAUGUUCUACCUUCUCAACGAAUGCGGUAAUCGAGUAGAAAAAUAUCUGGAAAAAUUUGAUGGUCAGUCUGUUGACAUGCGCGAUAUAGCUGGAAAAUUUGCAACCGACGUCAUUGGCCUCUGCGCCUUCGGAGUAGAAGCGAAUGCACUGGAGGAAGAGGACAGCGUCUUCCGGAAAAUGGGUCUGCAUUUGCUGCAGUCAAUGGCGAGCUUGAAAGCUCUGUUGAAAAUGUACCUCAUGGACAUGCUGCCGACUGUGUACAAAUUCGUUGGCGGGCUCACCGCUGAGCGGGAAAUUCAAAAGUUCUUCAUCGACUUGACGCGUGAUACGAUGGAGCAGAGGGAGAAGAUGAACAUCACGAGGCACGACUUCAUAGAUCUACUGAGAUCUCUCAAGGAGGAGCCGAAUCAGAUCGAUGACAUUGAGCUGACGGAUGGAGUAUUGGCAGCUCAACUAUUUGUAUUUUUUUUCGCGGGCUUCGAGACGUCGUCGUCGACCAUCAGCAAUUGUCUGUUCGAACUCGCCAUGAAUCACGACAUUCAGGAUCGAUUGCGGGAAGAAAUCGAGCGAGAACUGGGGAAAUCCCGGGAGAUCACGUACGAGGGGAUCAAAAGGAUGAAGUAUUUGGAUAUGGUGGUGAAGGAGACCUUGAGGAAGUACUCACCCCUUCCAGUGCUCAUGAGGAAGUCCGCAGAGGACUACACAUUCCCGGGGACUAACAUAAGUAUUCCUGGCAAAACCGGGAUCUUGAUUCCCAUUUGCGCUAUUCACAAGGACCCCAAUUACUAUCCAGACCCUGAAGUCUUCAAUCCUGAGAACUUCACGGAUGAGGCAGUGCAGAAUCGACAUCCGAUGGCGUAUUUAUCGUUCGGCGAUGGCCCGAGGAACUGCAUUGGUGCAAGAUUCGGCAGCAUUCAGACGAAAAUCGGCAUCGCCAAGCUCUUGCAGAAUUUCGCAGUAGAUAUUUGUGAUAAAACCGAUAAGAAUUAUACGCUAAAUAACCGGGCCUUUAUGCUACAACCGAAGAAUGGUAUUGUCCUCAAAGUAACAAAGCUCUCCUCAUGAUAAGAUACUGUAAAUUUCCUCUCGUCUUUUCAACCUGACAAACGAUUUCCUAACGAUAAACACGUUAUACCACCGUAAUUUUUUUACGUCUUUCGUGUGAAUAACUGCGGUCUAUCUUCUGAUAAUUAUUCUUACGAGAAAUGUAAAUAUUCUUGUCUAAUAACACUCGGUGGCACUACAAAGUCGAAUGACAUGCACUGUCGUAUUUUUUUUCUAAUGUAUGACUAUCAAUAUUUACCAGAUUAUUGACAAAAAAAUGAAAAAUACAUUAUCUUCAAGAACCGGA